AACUAUUUCACGGUCCUUGGUGACACCCAAACACUGUCGUUCCGGCUUGCUGCCCUUCAACACCGUGGCACAUCAUCAUUAUCCGAAUCUCGACGUCGAGUACCGAUCUCUGGACUUGUCUCGAUUAACCACACGGUCACCACCAUCAUGGGUGACCUCCGUCAGAAUGCAUCGUGCCCGGACAUUGCAUCCGGCGAUGCCUCCACGAACCCCAACCCAGACCAAGCUGGACUGCUCGUACAACCAAAUGAUGAUGCGCCAAAAACAGUCCAGAAUGCGCAUCCAUCGGGCAAGGAGAAGCAUAACCGCUUGAUUCAGAUUCUUAGGGGUGUUUCGCUGGCCAUCUUCUUCACAGCAUGUUCUGUUGGCAUCGUCGCGACUCAGUUCCUCGGCGCACCACUGUAUUGGAUCAAUCGCGACCUCUACUACACCUACAUGGCCCUUACGAAAGAGUCCUUUGGCCUAACCAUCACGACUAUGACGCAGUGGUGGGGUCCCACGACCAUUCGCAUCAGCGGCGAUGGCUCCGUCGCCGGCCAGAUCAAAAAGACCCCCGACGGCCGUGUCGAAUUCAACUUUCCCGAACGCAUGGUCAUGAUCGCCAACCACCAGAUAUACACCGACUGGCUCUACCUCUGGUGGGUAGGCUACGCCAACGCGCCCCGCAUGCACGGCUACCUCUACAUCAUCCUUAAAGAGUCGCUCAAGUACCUCCCCAUUGUGGGCCAAGGCAUGAUGUUCUAUGGGUUCAUCUUCAUGGCGCGCAAGAUGUCGGUCGAUCAGCAGCGACUGGCAUACAGACUGGGAAAGCUAAAGACCAAACAUACGCAUGACGGGAAACAGUAUCUCAACCCCAUGUGGCUCCUGUUGUUCCCCGAGGGAACCAACUGCACGCAAAACGGAAGGGACAAGUCCAAGAAGUGGGCGGAUAAGAUGGGAAUCAAGGACACGGAGCACGUUCUCCUGCCGCGCAGUACUGGAAUGUACUUUUGUCUAAAGGAGUUGAAGGGCACGGUAGACUAUGUCUAUGACUGCACCGUUGCCUAUGAAGGCGUUCCCCGCGGCAUGUACGGCGACCAAUUCUUUACCCUCUCCUCUACCUACCUGCGCGGCCAGCCUCCCAAAUCUGUCAACUUUUACUGGCGCCGAUUCGCAGUAGACGACAUCCCGCUCGAAAACCAAGAGGAAUUCGACGUGUGGCUGCGCGAGCGCUGGUACGAAAAGGAUGCGCUGAUGGAGCAGUAUCUCACUACCGGUCGCUUCCCGCCUAGUCCGGCAACCAAGGAGGGAGGUCACGAGGGCCAUUUGGAGACGGAGGUACGCGCCAGACAUCCGCUCGAGUUCUUAAAGAUCUUCUCCGUGUUGGGCUGGGUGGGUGUUAUGGCGACCACGGCAGUGCGGACGUGGGGGAGGGUGGCGCAGUGGACCUCGUGAGAUCCUUAAGGGUGCUCGUUAAAGCCACU